UUUCCCCCUCCCCCCCCCGCGGGUUCUUCGCUGCGAAGAAAAUGGCGGCGGCGCCGAGCGGAGAUGAAGAGAGACUGGAAGAAAAAUCUGAAGACCAAGAUUUACAUGGUCUAAAGGACAAAUCCUCCAAAUCUAAAAAAUUCAAGAAAGAGCGGAAAGAAGAAAAGCAACAUGAGCAUGCCCAGCCCUCUGUGGAGCCAGCUGAGGCAGGCAAGGCAGAAAUGUCUGAAGGAGCUGGAACUGCUCCAGCUGUACCUGAAGCUUCUGCAUCUCCAAAACAGCGCCGUUCUGUCAUCCGAGAUCGUGGCCCCAUGUAUGAUGAUCCCACUUUGCCUGAGGGCUGGACUCGCAAACUCAAGCAGAGAAAAUCCGGGCGCUCGGCGGGAAAGUAUGACGUCUAUCUUAUCAACCCCCAAGGCAAGGCCUUCCGUUCUAAAGUUGAGCUCAUCGCCUACUUUGAGAAGGUGGGGGACACUUCGCUGGAUCCUAAUGAUUUUGAUUUCACGGUGACUGGACGUGGGAGCCCCUCACGACGAGAACAGAAGCCUCCUAAGAAAACUAAAGCUCCUAAAUCUCCUGGCACAGGCCGCGGACGGGGUCGGCCUAAAGGUAGCGGCUCUACCAAAUCUAGAGGAACUGCUUCAGAAGGCGUACAGGUAAAAAGGGUAAUUGAGAAGAGUUCGGGAAAGCUGCUGGUCAAGAUGCCUUUGCAGUCGUCUUCAAUGGGAACAAAGGCAGAAGGAACAGGUGGGGCCACCACCUCAGCACAGGUCAUGGUCAUCAAGCGUCCUGGACGUAAACGGAAACCUGAAUCAGAUCCCCAGGCUGUACCUAAGAAACGGGGACGAAAGCCAGGCAGCAGUGCCGUAGCAGCUAUUGCCGAAGCUAAAAAGAAAACAGUCAAGGAGCCAGUCAUCCAGGCAGUCCGGGAGACAGUAUUGCCUAUCAAGAAACGUAAGACACGUGAGGCUGUCAGUAUAGAGAUCACCAAGCCAACUCCUCCUCCUCCAAGCAACACAGGGGAAUGGAGUUCCAAAGGACAGCGAAUGGCUGCCAAGAGCCCAGGGCGCCGCAGCAAAGAAAGCAGCCCUAAAGGGCGGGGUGGCAAUGCUGUGUCAACCCCCGCCCCUUCCUCUUCUCCGGGCAAGAAGGAUCAGCACCUCCCUCCCCAUCAGCCAUCUUUGGAGCCCCAGGGCACCUCCCCUGCUCAGUCCCCUGAAAGCCCCAAGGACAGCAAGAGCCUUCCAGUUGAGCCCCAGGACUUGAGCAGCAAGAGCUAUAAAGAGGAGAGGGCUCCAGAAAGUGAUGGCUGUCCUAAAGAGCCACCUAAGACUCAAUCUGGUGGUACCGCCAUGUCCUACAAACAUGAGCGCAAAGAUACUGUGUCGUCCUCCACGGCCUUGUCCCGACCUACAAACAGGGACGAGGCCGUGGACACCAGGACACCUGUGUCAGAGCGGGUCAGCUGACUUUGCGGGGGGUGAGUGAGCAAGUGAGCGCCAGAGGUAACAAAGAGAGGAGCAGGCACUCUCAGCCCCACACACCCAAAUGAGACUCCAGGCAGCUGCCGGGUAGAAUUCUCUUUUCCCACAAUGCCCUGGCUUUCAAUCAAUCAGCUUACCCCCAAACUAUCCCUCUGUGUCCCUCAUUCCCCCCCCCCCAUUUUUAAUACAGACAAGCACAGUGUGGGGUACAGAAACAUGCCUCCCAGGGCUGGAAGCCACUUUGCACUUUUUCUACAGAACUGGGGCCCAUUCUUCCCCCCUCCCCCCCACCCCCCAAUCUGCCUGGCUCCUUCUGCCAUUGCUUUGCUGAGAAAUACUACUGACAAGGCAAGCUGUUGGCAGGGGAGAAAUAGCUUCAAACUCUGGCUUGUUGCCCUGAUCCUGUCUGCCCUCCAUAUUAUAGAGGCCCCAUCAACAGAUCAGGUGGAGAGGGGCCCACGUGUGUAUUCCACUCCACCUCCCUAGUGCCAUGUAAUGUAGUUGUCCAGUCUUAGUUGGAGUUCUGUAGUUUUCAGUAGGGUGUGUGCGCAUGUGUACACAUGAAAGAGAGAGAGAAAUAGGGUUGUGGUAUAUUGGGGAACUAAUAUCCCUCAUCUGCCAUUUAGGCCAGCAGUUAGGAAGAAUAUCCUCUCCCCGCAUCCCCCCCAAGAAUAGCUCUGCUGCUAAGAGACCACUGGGAUACUAGGUGCAGCUUUGUAUUAAUGUCCUCCUUUCCUGUGUCAAUCCUGAAAGGAGAGGCCUUUGAUUUUGUUGAAACAAUCUGUGUGCUGAAUGGCAUGUGUGUGUGAGCUUGUCACAUGCCAAGAGUUAAAAAGAGACGUUCUUCCAGUUACUGUCAAUGAUGUUAGCUUAGGAAACUGUUUGCACUAAUGGAGGCCUUUGUCCAUUUGUUUGGGGGAGGUGGGGGGGGCACAGUGGUGUGAAGGAUGUACAGAGUGUGCCUGUGUGUAUCAAAUGGGGCAUUGGACUGAACACUGGCUCACCUCUCCACCUGACUUCUUGUUCAGGAAAGUAGCCCAAUGUGUGUAAAACUACCUGUAAUUCUUUGUGGGAUUGGUACAUGGCAAUGGCUGAAUUGAGAAGCGUAGUUGCUUCCAAUAAUUUCCCUACAGUUGGCAACCAAGCUCUUCCAAGGCUGUUGAGCACAUAUCGCCUCUCUCCCCGGGAAAGCAGGUCUCAACAGAAGCGUAGCGUUUUAUUGUGUAUGAGACUUUGUCUGCAAUUAAGGUCUAUUUUGUUCCCCUUCCUAAUAGCAGAAAACAGCGGGGGGAAGGGGAAGGACAUUGGCCAUGCUAGUCCGCUUAUUUUUAUUUAAGUGAAUAUGUAGCACAGUGUCUCUCCUUACCUUUUCUGGACUGUAGCAAAUAAGAAGAAGAAAGGAAGCCUGGGUCCCAGUCAAAGUUUAGGCAGAAAGUAGCUAUCUUAAAUAGCUCCCCACCCUCCCCAUGGUGUGAAAUGAUUAAACAAGCCCAAUCUUGUUUUCAUGGGUCUUUGAGGACCCUAAUAGACAUACAUCCUGACAUCUAUGAUAAUUUUUGUUUCAUCAAGAAGUUAGCACUCUAAAAGUCAGAAAGUAUUCAGAGCAGUAGCUGUUUACCGUCUAAAUAUGUGCCCUCCGAUCCUUGUUAGUUGUUACUGGGAGAAAAUUAGAGAUUCCUAUAAUAGCAUCUCCUCCCCCUUUUCUAGUGUAGCAGUUUGCUUGCAGGAACGGCAAAAUUUAGAACAGGAAAAUUAUUUUGAGAGAGGGGAAUAAUUACAUUUUUUUCUUAGCAAAAUUGGGAGUUCCUACAGAUUUAUAUGUACAUAUAUACAUACAUAGGCUCUUAGGAGUUAUGUCUGUUUGAGACCUUGGAGAGCCUCGUUGGCAUAGAUGACUUUUCUCUGUUCUUGCCUAUGUACCAGACAUUGGAAUAAAAAUUCUUUGUGCAUAAGCAGCCAAAGUGAAGUUAUUAGCCUUAGAAUAUGUUCUGCUCAUAAGAAAAAGAUUCGGUUUUCUUUGUGGGGAGACUGAUGAGAUUUAGCCCUGCAGCAACACAGAUUUAUUUAUUUUUCUUCACUUCUUUAGCAUAAUCAGAACUGAAAGUUUGAUUUCCCCUCCCUUCUCCUUGAUUUGCAGUAAGGUUGGGGCUGCCUUCUCUUCUUUCUUUAUCAAGAAUAAAAACCAAGCCCCUUUCUUAAUCGUUAGAAUUUGGGCUACAAUCUGUAGCUAAAUGAUUAAUUCCCUUUGUACCCGAAAGCAACAAUCUGAAACUAGCUCAUUAUUAAUUGGAAUGAUGUCUCUGUGCUGAGAAGUACAUAUGGAAACCUGAUAGAAAAAUGUAAAGAAGCACGCACAAGGGGGAAAAAAGGAGGAAAUUACUUUGCAACAAUUUAAACUCUUUAAGGGCUCUUCCUCAAUAUUAAAAAAAAGGCACAAAUUUAUUUUGGCAGGGGAGGGAGUCUCCUAGUUUUCCAAACCACAGUAAAUAUCCUCCUGUCUGGGAAAGAGAUGGGAAAAAUGCAGUACACUUUGAGGGUGUAUUUGGGGAUUUCUAAGGCUUUGCAUUUGACUGAGAAAUCUAGUUGAGAAUUAUCGUCCCUCUUGCUCCAGCUUCUAAGCCUGCAGAGACAACCUUCUAGUGUAUUAAUUUUUCUAAGUUAUGAGAUUCUUUUGGUAAAUGGAAUAGAACCUUACAUUUCAUUCCACUUUGGGGUCACUUCUAAUGGGCCUUUUUUUAAAAAUAGUAAACAUAUACAGACAUAUGUCAAAAUUGAAAGUGUGACAGAUAACAAUUGGGUGAGUUUUACAGAGCACUUAUCCUUGGAAGUCAAAGUUUAAUUGUAUAGAUACACAUCAUGAAAGUUUCCACAGAAAAAUAUCAUGGUAAAACAGCUCUUUAGCCUGUCCAGCUUGAAACACAAGAGCCACAUCAAGAAUAAACAAUAGUGAUAGCAAUCUUUCCAAUUGGAAUAUUGACUUUUUAAAAGAAAUCAGUUUGGGUUAUAACUGAAGCUUAAACUGGCUGUAGAGGUCACCAUUCUGUUUAGUUUUUUUUAAUCAGGUGAAGAGGAUAGAUUAAAUAUUUCCUGCAGUUUAGUCCUACAGUCUGAUAUAUACAGGUGUUUGCAGGAUGAAAAGCAUACUCAAGCUGGGCUUAGAGUGCCACUGUUACAAUGCAAGCUACACCUCUUUCAUAUGUGCAAUAUCACAAUACUUGCACAUGAGUGGAGCUUGUGUUAAAUUUGUGACAAUGCCUUCAUCUUGGGUUUCCCCAAUAGCAGACUGGAUACCUGCUGACACAAACAUUUUCAUUCAUACACACAUUCUCCUCAGAAGAAUUCUAGUAACAGGAAUUAGGUUGGAUAGGAAAAAAAUCCUUGGGGAGAGAAUGAUGGGAGGAACUAGCACACAGGGAGAACAUUGCUUUUAUGUAACUGCCUGCACUUAUGCCCUAAAACAUGGGAACCACAUUUCCAGUUCAGACAUUAGAACAAGCUUACGGCUAAGCAAGCGUGUUGUCAGUUUAGUCCUGUCCCUAUAAUAUAGGGUAUUGCUGCAUUCCAGUGACUUUUUAGGAUUCAUAAUACUGUAGUGUAUAGCUGAGUCUACAAAUGAGGCUGCAGCUCUGCAGGAAAUAGGCUCAGCAUUUGAAGUUUUUAGCAUUUGAACCUUCUGAACUUAACAUAUACCCAUAGAUCUCCUUUAGUUUAGUUUACUGUUUGAGAGUUUUGAAAGCCUCGUGCCUUCCUACUUAUUUGGCAAAGAUCAUUUAGAAAAAUGUAGCUUUUGCUAUCACGAGAGGCGCUACUCUCCCAGCCAUGUACCUUUCAAAAGAUAUAGGUGACUGCUUUAAUGCACUUUAAAGCCAAGAGAGAAUAUUCUUUCUUGCUUUCUUCCUGUUUGGGUGGACAGUAGAGCCACAAGCCCAUUGAGAUCACAUGGUUUUAACAAUGUUUUGCAAAUAGUUUUAAGAAUGGGUUAAAUUUAAUAUGGGGUCAGAUGGGGAUAUUAAAGGAAGCUUCAAACGUUAAGAUUUUGGGGUACCUUUAAUUUAGGAUACCUAUGAACAUGUAUGGAGUUUGAAACAAAAAUCCAAAUUAGAAUAUCAGUACCCAUAUGUCAGUUAAAAUCAUAUUUGUACUCAGUCUAAUCUAUUGUUACCUGGAUUUGAAUAACUUGUAAAACCACAGGGUUUUUUUAAAAAAAAAAUCUCGUGUGUCUUGACAUUCCAAACAAGUCAAAAGGUGACACUUUUACACUAUUUCCCUUCCUUGAGUUAUGACGUAGGGUGGGAACUUGAAGGUUCGUUUUGUCAGCAAGAGCCAAACUAGAUCCUUGUAGGCAGACCAGGAUUGCUGCUUGAUUGCUACAAAGUGAUUGUAAGAGAGGCAGUUUUUGCACCAGAGAAACAGCAGGCGAGCAAAAAGUUUUAAUUCUGCUUGCUUUUUUUCUGACUCUCCCUGCCUUCCUCUCCCAGCACAUGAACAUUUCUUUGCUGCAUAUAUGGCAUUCAUCUUGCUCCGCUUUGCAGCUGAUUACAGACCUGGGUCUUCCACCAAAAUCUAGUUCAACCCAAAGAAAGGAUUGAGAAAGUAGAGCAGGAGUAGAAGAAGUCUGGCCUCUUCCCACCAUUCCUUCUUAAAGAUGUUGUUGGAACUAGCUGCUUUUCCAGAGUGCAUUACAUCAGUAGUAGCUUCACUGGCAAACUGCUUAUUUACAGGGAUACCAAGUGACUAUCUUUACUCCUAGCUCUGCCCACUUCCACCCAGCUCAUCCUGAAGACACAUGUGGAUAGUGCCUGGAGUUUUGAGAGACUGUGCAAGAGGGAUUUACCUUGUUAGCAUUGUGAACCACCUGAUGUUUCUGUGUCAAGUGAAAAUAAACUUCUUGUCAGUUUCAAUUAUUAUCCAAUAAUGUGUAGAGUUUAACGUUAGAUCUAAAUCUUUUUUUUGUUUGGGGAUUUAAUUUCUGUUUUGUGUGUGCGUGUGUGGUGUUUUUUUUUUUUAAGGCACCAAGUAGAGACAGAAAAAAAAAUGUCUAAUUUUAUAUAUCUGUAUAUUGCAUUAUAAAUGAGGGGUAGCUUUUUUCUGCUUAUUGCACCACUUACCAAAUAAGGAUAACAGACUGACAAGGAAUGGUAUGGUCUGUUGAGAAAUUAUUACAUGUUGUUUUCUUUACUAUUACUCCUAAUCCUUCAGUAUCAUAGCAAGGGAAAAGAAAACGCCCUUCACGAUUGUCUGCCAGUAAAUGCCAGAACAGAAGAUACAUUCAGCUGGGCUGGUCUCACACUUUUUGGAAGCGUUUUAUUUUUUUCUUUUUGCUCAAUGGGUUUGAAAAAAUAACAGGAUGAUCACAUAUGGUCAAUGUUUUAUUUUUUUGCACUCAAAUCUACUUGUGGGGAAGGGCAUUGAUUUGGGCCUAGGAAGAUCAAGUGAAGAAAAUGUGGAGUAUUUGGUCUGUAUUGUGACUUUCCUCUCUAAAAAUAUUUUCAGUUUAACUAGAGCCUAACUAAUGUUCUUGGCAUGAUUUAGCUCUAUUGAUUAUGGCUACUUCCAAUUAGCCUGUAGUGUAAUUUUUGGAAAACUACUAUUGGUCCUAAACUGAACUUCUCAGUGCUCUUCCUCAGUUUCUUCAGAGCAAAGUUCUGACCUGGCUUCUCAACCUCCCACUUUUACUGUUUUUAAAGCUUAUAUUUCUCCUACCACUCCCUUUCAUUUUGUGCAUUGCGUGCCAUCUGGCAUAAAUUGGAAGCACUCCACGAUAGCAUGUUCCCUUCUUUAGCUGAUAACCUGCCCCUUAUAUUCACUUCUCGCCCCUCUCUUCCCUGCAUGUUUAGCAAAAAAACCUAGGUCUGAUUUCCAAAGACAUCACGUAUGGAUUUGAUGUUGUACCUUCAUGGAUCAGUGUCGCACUGCAUCCGGCUAUGGAUCCCGGAAAGAAAAAGGUGUGAACAAAAAGGCACAUGUCAAAUAUUUGGGUGGUGGAAAUGAAGUAUUUGACUCUCUCUCUUCUUUUUCUACUGAUCAAACCUGUUUCAUAGUAUUUCUCAGAGAGAAUGAUUUAUCAAGUUUUUUUUUCCUUCAAAUUGGACUUUGUCCAUUCUCCUCUUAGGGUUGCUUAUGCUUGCAUGAGUGAUUGCUGAGAUGUUCAGUUUGUGUCACAAUAAUUUUGUAUUAAAGCUUUCGUUUUGUUGACAUCUUUGACAUUACAGCUCAAGUAACAUUCAUCAAAUCAAAGGCUGAUGUGUUUGGAAGCAGAUCGUUAAGCAAAAAAAAAUAGCUUGCCAGCACUUUACUGACAAGAGUUCUCAUCAUAUCCCAAAAGGCACCGUUAGAAAAGAGGACCAAAUAUGACAAUUUCCUGUCUGGCAGUUUUCACUUGCAAGUUGUGGAAAUCAGCAAUAUCCGCUCAAGAGUAGCAGCUUAAAAUUGCCGUUCUUCCAAAAGCAAAAACCGAGCAGUAGAUUACACUUCUCUGAGGGACAGUGUUACUAUAUUCUUCCUAAUUGAGGUUGGGGAAGAAAAUUUCUCAGUCCAUAAAUUGACAUACAUAAAAUUUUCUUCCAGUUAUGUUUUUCCUCCUUUAAGCCAUGUAGAUGAGCAGUACUUACUGUGGUUGUCUUAUCUCUGCAUGAAGUGGCAGAAGAGUUGGACAUCAAUUGGUUUUCUUCUAUGAGUGCAAAAAAAAAAAAAAAAGACUUUCCUCCCUUUAUUGUACAGGCAGAGGGAUGGUGGGAAAUCCUUUCUCCUGCUUCCAUAAAUCAACACGCCGCUAAUUAACAAACCAACUUCCUUCUGCUUCACAAUUCAAUAGUGAUCACUAUAAGACCAAAUAUUGCAAGGACUGUUAUUAAAUGUAUGCUGAGUGCUUGCUACCUUGUACAGCUCUUAAUCCUCACAUAGCCAACUAACUCUAUCCAGUAACAUUUCUUUUAAAAAAUAAAUAAAUUCCAGAGACACAAGAAUUUGGGGUUGGGGUGGGAGUUGUUUUUUUAUUUUCUUUUAAAUAGUGUUUUUUUUUCCUCAGAGGGGGGAUGUAACAGAAAAGAACUGUGGUAUUUGAGACUCAUUGUGUGUAGGGUUUUAUCUCCCCAUCCUGAAAAAAGGAAUGUCAAUGAAAACCUUUUGUGUGUGUGUGUGUGUGUGUUUAUUUUAUUGGUCCACGAGUUUGUAUCGUGAACAUUUCUGUAAAGUAAUUGUUCCAGGCACAAAUGCUUCAAAUGUGAGUGUCAAAUAUAUGUAUAUAUUUUAAAAGGGAGGAAAGGUAUAUGCUUUUAUUUUUGUCUUACCAUUGGCAGUAGGGAGAAAGGGGUAGUUUAGGCAAUUUUUUUAACAACUUCCCAGGGUAUUUUGUAUGCUUCAAUUUCUAAUAAUCUACUACCAGAUGUCAGUGUAUCAAAGAAAUUAGACUAUGCUUAGACUCCUUCAUUGAAACAUUCAUUUGGCAGGAAUGCAAUAGUAAAAACAUGAAACAAAACCCAGGAGGAACUUCAUAAAGUUUUCAUUUUUAAUAAUCCACUACCAGAAGGCAAUAUAGGAAAAAAAGGAAAGCGGUUCUGUAGAUUCCUUCAUUGAACACCUAUUAAGGGAAGAUGAAUAAAGUAGCAAAUCAGGAUCUAGCAUUAUAAAUAUUUCAAAGAAUGCAUUGAAACUCUAAAAAUCAUAAUUAGCACUCUUAUAAGUUGGGCUCUAUUUUGUCUUUAAGGAUUGCCCCACUAAUAUUUUUAAUGCUGAAAAAUCACAGUUGAUCCACAUGAAUGAUCCUUCCAUACUUAAUCUCUAAUUUUAGGAAAAAUAAAUAUUAAGAAACUUUCCACUGAGGUUAAGUAGAGCUUCCUUGGCUCUUUUGAAGACUUUUAAAUAUAUAUACUUUAUUGUAUACCCCUAACCCAUAUUUCCUGACCACACUUUGCAUUUGUUUGAUGCGUUUUUGGGACAAUUACUUUUAAGAAUUCUGAGUAAAUUGUUUAAUAAAACUUAAAAAUUGAUUGCUCUUUUUGUAGGUUUUGUCUACAGCCAAAAAAAAAUAAAAAAUACUGAAAGCACUGACUAUAUUUAAAAAAAAGAAGAAAAAAGAAAUUUAAUAAAGGAAAAUUUGUAUAAUUUCAGUAAGAAAAUAACAAAAUCCGUCUGAAUGUACAUGUAUAUGUUUAAAAGAAAUCCACCAAAAUCCCUCCCUACCCUUGUAUCCUAUUUAUUAUAUAAAACGUUUGCCUUAUAAAUUUACAAGAAAAGUCAUUUCUUUAUGAGUGUCUCUUAUCUUUUGUUGUUAAAAACAAGCAUUUUUCUCUUCCUUUGGGGGAAAAAUACUGUGGAAACUGCAUAUAUAUAUGCAUUCAUAUAAAAGAAUAAUUUAUAUUUUUAUGUUAAAAAAUACAUGCAGGCCCAGUUUUAGCACUCAGCAUGCAUUCUACACAGUAAUCUAGUUGCAUCUCAUGUUGGUAAGUACUGUAUUCUGUGCUAGAAUUGGAUUAUAAACCUAUGUAAAAUGUUACAGAUCUGUUUGAGCCUUUUAUUACCAAGGUAGAAAUGUUCUGCCCUGCCAUUAAAAUAUAAUAUUUUUUUCUCUGU